AUGAGUCGAGUCUGUAUUGUUGUUUUGGAGGAGGUGGAAGAUGAUUCUCCCACAUUUAUUUCCAAUUUACCUCAGGAAAAUGUAUCUUUGCGUCCAUCACCCUCUGGAAACGUGCUGGUAAGGCAUCCACCAUUGGUUCAAGCUAUAUUUAAUGGAGAUCCUGAUGAAGUUCGAGCACUGAUAUUUAAGAAAGAAGAUGUUAAUUUUCAGGAUAAUGAGAAAAGGACCCCUUUACAUGCUGCUGCCUAUCUGGGAGAUGCAGAAAUUAUUGAACUACUUAUUUUAUCUGGAGCUAGAGUUAAUGCCAAAGACAGCAAAUGGUUGACUCCUUUACACAGAGCUGUGGCAUCUUGUAGUGAGGAUGCUGUUCAGGUGUUGUUAAAGCAUUCAGCAGAUGUCAAUGCUCGUGAUAAAAACUGGCAGACACCCCUACAUAUAGCAGCUGCAAACAAAGCUGUGAAAUGUGCCGAAGCUCUGGUGCCUCUCCUCAGCAAUGUAAAUGUGUCUGACCGGGCAGGCAGAACUGCAUUGCAUCAUGCGGCCUUCAGUGGGCAUGUUGAGAUGGUCAGCUUACUGUUGUCUAGAGGGGCCAAUAUUAAUGCGUUUGACAAGAAGGACAGACGAGCUAUACAUUGGGCAGCGUAUAUGGGUCAUAUUGAAGUUGUGAAAUUACUUGUGGCCCAUGGAGCUGAAGUGACAUGCAAAGACAAGAAAUCAUACACACCCUUACAUGCUGCAGCAUCUAGUGGGAUGAUCAAAGUAGUCAAAUAUCUUCUAGAUCUUGGAGUUGAUAUGAACGAACCAAAUGCCUAUGGAAAUACUCCUCUCCAUGUAGCUUGCUACAACGGGCAGGAUGUUGUAGUGAAUGAACUCAUAGACUGCGGUGCUAAUGUAAAUCAAGUGAACGAGAAGGGGUUUACACCUUUGCACUUUGCUGCUGCGUCAACACGUGGAGCGUUGUGUUUAGAGCUUUUGGUCUGUAACGGAGCAGAUGUAAAUAUGAAGAGUAAAGAUGGGAAAACGCCUUUGCACAUGACAGCAAUCCAUGGUAGAUUUUCAAGAUCUCAAACCAUCAUUCAGAAUGGAGCUGAAAUAGACUGUGAAGAUAAGAAUGGAAAUACUCCUUUGCACAUAGCAGCUAGAUAUGGCCACGAGCUAUUAAUCAACACUCUGAUUACGAGUGGUGCUGACACUGCAAAGCGGGGUAUACAUGGGAUGUUUCCUCUCCAUUUGGCAGCAUUAAGUGGAUUUUCAGACUGCUGCAGAAAGCUCCUCUCAUCAGGUUUUGACAUUGACACACCAGAUGACUUUGGCAGGACUUGUCUUCAUGCAGCUGCAGCUGGAGGGAAUUUGGAGUGCCUAAAUCUUCUGCUAAAUACUGGUGCAGACUUCAACAAAAAGGACAGAUUUGGGAGAACUCCACUCCAUUAUGCUGCUGCCAAUUGUAAUUAUCAGUGCCUGUUUGCCCUUGUGGGGUCUGGAGCAAGUGUGAAUGACCUUGAUGAGAGGGGUUGUACACCUCUGCACUAUGCAGCUGCAUCAGACACAGAUGGAAAGUGCCUGGAAUACUUGCUAAGAAACGAUGCCAAUCCGGGGAUCCGAGACAAACAAGGAUACAAUGCAGUUCAUUAUUCAGCUGCUUAUGGUCAUCGCUUAUGUCUUGAAUUGAUUGCAAGUGAAACGCCUCUAGAUGUUCUAAUGGAAACAUCAGGUACUGACAUGCUGAAUGAUUCAGACAACAGAGCACCUAUAAGUCCACUGCAUUUAGCUGCCUACCAUGGCCAUCAUCAAGCUCUGGAAGUGCUGGUACAGUCACUGCUGGACCUUGAUGUGAGGAAUAAUAACGGAAGGACACCACUGGAUCUCGCGGCCUUUAAGGGACACGUGGAAUGUGUAGAUGUGCUCAUUAAUCAGGGAGCAUCAAUCUUGGUGAAAGAUUAUGUUGUAAAGAGGACCCCAAUACAUGCUGCAGCUACAAAUGGUCACUCAGAGUGUUUGCGGCUGCUGAUAGGAAAUGCAGAACCACAGAAUGCAGUGGACAUUCAAGAUGGAAAUGGACAGACUCCUCUGAUGUUGUCGGUUCUCAACGGGCACACUGACUGCGUUUAUUCACUCCUUAACAAGGGAGCAAAUGUAGAUGCCAAAGAUAAGUGGGGAAGGACAGCAUUACAUAGAGGGGCAGUCACAGGGCAUGAGGAAUGUGUGGAAGCAUUACUUCAACAUGGUGCUAAGUCCUUAUUACGAGACUGUAGGGGGCGAACCCCUAUACACUUGUCAGCUGCAUGUGGACAUAUAGGUGUUCUGGGAGCUCUUCUGCAGUCAGCUACAUCUGUGGAUGCAGUACCUGCAAUAGCAGACAAUCACGGCUAUACAUCACUGCAUUGGGCCUGCUAUAAUGGUCAUGACAGUUGUGUAGAGCUCCUCCUGGAACAGGAAGUUUACCAGAAAAUGGAAGGAAAUUCUUUCAGUCCGUUGCAUUGUGCUGUGAUAAAUGACAAUGAAGGUGCUGCAGAAAUGUUAAUCGAUACUCUAGGUGCUGGUAUUGUAAAUUCAACAGAUUCAAAAGGAAGAACUCCUCUUCAUGCAGCAGCUUUCACAGAUCACGUGGAGUGUCUACAGCUUCUGCUCAGUCACAAUGCUCAAGUAAAUGCUGUGGAUUCUUCUGGGAAAACACCUCUAAUGAUGGCUGCAGAAAAUGGACAGACAAAUACAGUUGAGGUGCUGGUUAGCAGUGCUAAGGCUGAUCUGACUUUGCAAGACAGCUCUAAGAACACAGCACUCCAUUUGGCUUGCAGCAAGGGUCAUGAAACUAGUGCCUUGUUAAUACUGGAGAAGAUUACGGACAGAAACCUCAUCAAUGCCACCAAUGCAGCCUUGCAAACACCUCUGCAUGUUGCUGCUCGGAAUGGACUAACGGUUGUAGUCCAGGAGCUUUUGGGGAAGGGAGCAAGCGUACUUGCUGUAGAUGAAAAUGGUUACACACCAGCUUUGGCCUGUGCGCCCAAUAAGGAUGUGGCCGAUUGCCUAGCUCUCAUUCUGGCCACGAUGAUGCCCGUUUCCUCGAGCAGCACAUUACCUUCCCUUACGUUCAAUGCCAUUAACCAUUACACGAACACCUCAAAAACUGUCACCUUCGAUUCCUUGCCGAUCAUGAGGAGUGACCACAGCUCCUACUGUACUUUCAACAACAUUGGCAGGGAAGAUGGCUACCCGUACACAGAAGAAGAUGAACUCAAUGACUCGGAUUCUGAGACCUAUUAGGAGCCACGUUUUGUAGGUCUGAAGAGCGAACCCUCACACCAGAAGGUCAGACUUGGGCUUUUGAAAAAAAGCUACUGGUGUUUGAACACAGAAGGAGGACAGGCCUUUGAGAAGAUGUUUUUUAUUGUGGUUGCAUAUUAAAAAAAAAAUCUGUGAGACUCUAGGAGGAUUUUUAAGAACAUAUUUUGCAGAAGAAGCAUAAAUUCUUAAAUAAGUACUUGGAAUCCAUGGCAAAAAAAAAAAAAGAAUGUCAAAACUGUUUUAUUUAACUGUAUUCUACCAUUGUGUUUCUGGUGCCGGGAGUAAUUUCUGCAGACUGGGCGCCCUACUUGAUGUAAAUGACCACCACCAUUGUACAACACAAAGGAUGCUAGAUUUAAGUGUUCUCUAUGAAACUAAAACCAUUUUGAAGGCAAUAAA